AUGCGCGCGUCCACCGCGUCGCGCCGUCCGCGCGCGCCCGUGGCGAGGGAUGGAGGGCGUCGAGGGCGCGCGUCGGCGCGCGCGCGCGCGCGAUGGACGAUCCGUCGCCGCGGGACGAGCGACGACGAGGUCGAUCGCGUCGAGUCGGGAAACGAUGGAGGCGACGGGCGGGGGAGCCGUCGUGACGUGGUGCUCGCCGCGUUCGCGUCGUCGAUCGCGACGCUCGGGGCGAGAGACGCGGACGCGGGUGAGGUGCUGGACUCGCUCACGCGCAUGCGCGAAGACGCGCGAUUGGCGUACGAAGAGCACCCGGAGGAUGACGUGCUCAAGGGGCAGUUGAACUUUUUCGACAAGCAGGUGGAGAAGACGCGAGCGAACGCGGAUUUCUUAUCAGAGAUCCGACCGAUGAUCGAGAGCGGGAGAACGAAUUAUUUGGGUGGGAUAUCGUUUGCGGUGACGGACGUGCAGGCGGAGAUUGACUUUUGGACCAAGGCGCUGGGGAUGCGCGUGACGCGAGACGUCGGGAGCGGAGCGGAGCGCGUCGCGACUUUGGCCUACGGACAGAGUAGCUUGACCGCGGACGACGGUGGGAAGGGAGUGGUUGAGAUACGACAAGCGACAGGCGACGCGUCGGACGUCGGAAACGUGUUGAGUUACGUGGCGGUCACAGUGCCGUUUGGCUUGCGCGUGUCACAAAUUUAUGAGAGCGGCGGAGAGUUACUCUACGGUUUUGGUUUUUUUGACAUGCGAUCGCCCGGGGGUAUACCCAUUCGUGGUCAGGUGGCGACGAGGCGAGACCCCCUCGAGGUCGUCGCCCUGAACGUACAAAACGUUCGCGACGCAGAAAAAUUUCUUAUCUCUGAGUUUGGCUUCAAGACGCAAAAGCCACUCGAUGAGAACGGUUACGCCCCGAAGUCACCGUCCGGUUCGCGUUUGCUUUACUUCGUUAACCCGAUGAAGACAUUCACGCUCAUCUUACAGCCCUGGCGCGAUCGGAAAACGCCGCUGCGUGUCGGCAACGUAUUGAACGGAGUCGUUGUCGCUCGCGGCGGCGACGCGACCAUGGUGAAUGCCGUCGCGGACGCCCGCGUCGCGACAGUGCCCAUUCUGUCGCGUCCCGUGGUGAAUUCACUCGAUUACGCAUGA